AUGUCUCAGUCGCGCAGGAUUUCGGAUUUCUUCAAGCGGCCGCAUUUCGCCUUGACAGAUCAAGAAACCCGCGCCGACAAGACAAGCGCAACCCCCACUGUUGCACCGCAAUUGUCGUCACCUCUCACCGAACCUCCAUCAUCAUCCUUAGUGAACAGUGACUCUCCACAGACUCUAGAUGAUUCAGCCUCCCAAUUGACUCAAUCGUUGCUACUCUCAGUCCAAGACAACUCUUCGAAUCCAACUUUCCAACAGAGCUUCCAAAGCAGUGCGGGUGACCCAUCACCGGGAGCAAGCUUCAAUCAGUCUCAGCGUGUUGUCAAGAAUGGCAAGGAAGUUGUCAUUAGCUCAGAUGGAGAAGAUACCGACUCAGUGGCGUCUUUCGAACUCCCCGAGGAUCCUUUCCUGCAAUUUCUGAAACCCGGUGCAGCGGCUGCCAAACAAACGAAAGAGGAUGAGAAGGAUAUCAAUGAUUCAGGGAUGUCAUUACGUUCACAAAGUUCCAAAGACACAGAUACACAAAAAUGGUCCUACUCCAAGCCUCCAAAAUCCUCUGUCACGCACUAUAAAUUUUCGCUCGACGACCUCGUUACCCAGGCGGUUGAUGAUAAGGAGACCGAGGCUGUCAUUACGAGAAUAAAGGCCACACGCAAAAACGCAGAUGGAUCGAGAUCCGAUGUCGCUCAAAACAAGAAGGUGGAUGAAGGAGUUUUGACCUCAGCACUUGGGGACAAAGACGAUGAGCUUGGCCUACAACGUCUCCUUGAUGCAGUCAGAAGGACAGAAGCUUUCGAACUGGAGAAAUUCUGGUCAUUCUUCGACCAUGAAACCAAAUCUAUGCCUGUCUUGGAAUUCCCCCGAGACUCUAUAGCCCCUGGAACCUACUUGGCCGUACUGCGAGAACCUGAAUCCAGGGAGCGAGCCUUUAAUUCCGGUGUUCUUGAAUUUGCUCUUUCCAGAGCUUAUCUACCUGAUGAUCUAGUAUCUUGGAUUUUUCACUCUGUCCCCUCUGAACCUCGAGAAAGCCUGAGGCAGGCAUAUUGCAGGGUCUUCAAGUAUGCUACUGCUGAUCGCGUCAGGUUUCUCAUACGACCAGAUGAUAUUGAUAGUCUUUUUCAGCGCUUGGGCGCCAAACCCAAAGCACUAGCUAUUUCUGAAUCAGCUUUACCAGAACCAGCUCCCCAAGACAGUCAUUCUCGCGAAACACCACAGCAUCGAGCGUGCCUGCUAUCUGUCUUGGAAUUACUUCGUGGAGCUACAGAAUUAUUUGCUGAUGAUACCCGUGAACGUAUUUUGAAUGUCCUCUUCCGUCUUGCCCUCGAUAUCUCUCUCACUAGCAAUGCUACUGUUUGCUCGGAGUUGGAGAGGACUAUCACAGCCACACUGGAGAGUGUUCCUGACGAUACUGCUGACGACUUGAUGCAUCGUGUCUGCAUAAUGGUAUACAACACAUUCAAAGACCCAGUAUUUCAGGGUCGCCUUCUGAGACACAUACUGCCGACGUCAGAGUGGAUGGCUGCGUUGAGACAUCGCCUGGCUCUGGCAUUCUUGAUCAAUGACCCUCGAUCUCUCACGGAAACAUCGGACGUGCUGAGAGACCUGAGAAGGGUCAUCGACCUACUUCGGGAUCAAAAAUUCAAUACCAAGCGAUAUAGAGGAAAAGGGCACCCUGAAUAUGACUAUAGCGAACUCAAUGCAAUCACGACACUUCUCAACAUUGUCAUUGAUUCUGGAUGGUCUGGGAUGUCGUUCCCAACCAAAGAUGCCGAGAAGGAAUUCAAUUCCGAGGUUGACAGGCUUGACAGUCGGAUCACAAAGAUAUUCGUCUCUAUCGCAGACUCGGGCGCAUCCCAUUUAAAGCGAACUUUGGCCAAGGAGGCCCUCGAGAUGUUGCACUACCGUAUCGUGUACUCUGUCAGGUCGAGGCCGCCUCCAAAGAAAAUGCUAUUUGGAGAAUUCGUCGAUAAACAAGGUCACCAGCAGACCCGCUUGAACUACAUCAAAAAAAGGGGCGAGCAUGAUACAAAAGACACCGAUAUUCCUAUCCGAACUCAUGAACAUCUUCCAUGA